UACUAUUACUUUUCUGUAAUAACUGCGUUAAUUUUUAGGACUGUAAAUGGAAAAUGUACGCGGAUGUGGAUGCAGAUGAUCCGUAUCUUUCUUAUAUCAAGGUAUGCGAGUAUAUUACAGUAAUAUUAUACUACUAUUUUCUAUAUAUGUUUGUCUAAGAGGUCCAACUUAAUAAUAUUUGAAAGUAUUGCAUAUACAAUCAGUAGAGAGAAUUGUAAUGUACUUAAGUGCAGAAUAAGCCCUUUCUAGGAAAUAUGUUACCUUUCCAGCGCGGGUUUAGCUUGACCUUACCAUCUCUGAUACCAUCCAUCCGACCUUACCACCGAGUAAAUCGGCCCGACAAGACCACUUUUUUGUGUGACACGAUUUGAUAAUUUUUAUAAUUUUAUAUGUACUACCUCUCUGUUUAAGAAAAAAUUGGAAUAUUGAAAUAUUGAAAUUUGGUCUAAUCAUUUAUUACCCAUGCAUGAUAGCUUUUGUAUAUACGUAUUGAACGCGCGAUUCGUGGAGAAUAUAUCCAAAGAUGCGUCAUUUUGAUUUUCAUGUAUACAUUGUCGAUAAAUAUCAAAGUAGCUGGAUUGUCAUAUAAACGCUUGACUGGAAGACAAAAUUUGAUCUAUAAGUGGUGGAGUCGGAAGCCGCUCCUGCCAGCUGCCGGUUAGAAGAUGAAUUUACGCCGGACAGUGUCCCGUGUUCGGCAACAAUAUAUUGUUGUUAUACGCAUUGUUGCACAUGGAUUGCAUGUACGCCCCGAAGACUUCAUGCACUCUUAAUGUUUCUAUUACCAAACGUAUUUUAUUAUUAUUCUUCCUAUUAAUUUUUUUUUACUUUGCAACAGGACGUUACAUUUAAUUUUUGCUCUUCGGAGCCAAUUGUUUUAAAGAACGUAAGUAAAAUAUGGGAAUAUCUACGUAAUUCAUUUACGUACUUCAAUGUGUUGUAUAGGUAAUAGUGUGCUAUAGGUAAAUAUGUGACUGAUAGUACGUUCGUUGUGGGUGGUACUGAUUUUGGAUAGUUGCAUGGCUGAAUAAGUUAGGAAGCCAUCAAGCGACAUUACUUCCGAAGGUUUAAGGUGCUAAAUUUAAAUACGCGUUUGUGCGAUUUUAGAAAUUCAAGUGAACGUUCUGAGUCAAAAUUUCAAUGCUGGAUUUGUAUUACUGAAUAUUUCUAAUCAGUGAAGUGGCAAUUCAAGCCCAGAAUUACUGCCUUAGCUAAUAUAUCUGCAUGUUAAUUGAAGUUACUGCUUAAUUUAACCGCUCCGGAAGUGAAGCAUGCAGAACUAGCGGGAAAAAAUAGCAAACGUAUACAUACAGGCGGCGAGAGAUGCUCUGGAAAGGCAUGAAGUAAUCGAUCAGCAGUUAGCAACUCAAAGCUCGGAUCCUAGAAGGGCUAUACUGAUUUCAAACGUAACAGUUGAGAUCAUUCCUCGAAAUAUCACAUUAGGGCCAUUUAUACGGAACAAAAUAAGACGCGACUUACAUAAGACGCGACUUAGGUAAGACGCGAGUUUGUCGUAUAAAAGGUACAAAAUUCUUAUGUAAGACGCGUCUUGGAUAAGACGCGUCUUACAUAAGAACAGGUCUUUUAGCUGUUCUUAUUUAAGUCGCGUCUUAAAUAAGAAAUUUUGGACAAAAAGUCUAACUACACAUGCCAGAAACUUGAAACAACGUAAAAUUGAAUGCCUUGCAUAUUAAAACAAAAACAACCAAAACAACAACAUAGCUAUAGCAAAUAAAUAAGACCAAAGCCGUAGAGAGCCAUUUAUGCGAUAACUCCACUUAUUUAAGUCGCGUCUUAUGUAAGUCGCGACUUAUUUUGUCACGUAUAAAUGGCCCUAUUAUGUACAUUGUCAAGUCAAACUUCAUGAACACCUCUGCCUAACCUCUGCAUGCAUGCCUUUAAAGAACACCUCGCUGGCCACAACGAAUAUAAGCUUGGAACACGCCCAAGCGAAUAAAGCAAUGCUUCCACUCUUCCCAGUAACCACGCCCAAUUAUUAAACCUAUCAAUGGUUUCUUUUAGACAAGGAUUAAGUCAGAUUAUCUAUCGUAUUCAGUAAAAUCCUUGGAACUUUUAAGAAAAAUGUUUGCAAUUGUUUUAUGGAAGAAAUUUUGAUAACUCAAUGAAGACUUCGGAGCAGCACUAAGAUUUCAGUGGCUACACUUGAUUUAGUCAUUUUUGUUCAAAAUCUGCGAUUUUCAAAUUUCACCAGAGUUCGCAUUUUCUUAUUUCAACUAGGGUUAAAAUUGAUGAAAGGGUUGUAAGCCACCUCUUGUGAUCCUGAUAAUUUUAUUAACUAUAAACAAAAGCAGGAGAACUUGACUUGAAAUGAUUCAACUGUCUUUUAUUUCUCUUUUCACGUAUUACCACAUAAAAAGUGGAAAGUGUUGAUUGAAACUAUUACCGUUACCAAACGUGAUUCAGAAUGUUGGUUUGUUAUAGCCACCGUAUAUUAUGGAACACUGGCAAAAGUGUGAAGAACAACCUGCUGUUGUUGAAUGCAAUGUCAAUUAUACGGUGAGUUGUAUCAUAUUGAGUAUAGAUAUUGUUCCCAAAUAUCAUUUGUGCAGUUUGGUAUUACAAUGUUAAUGUGAAAAGCAAACGAUCAAAAAGGCAUAAAAUACUAAGGCAUAAAAUACUUUGUUAGUAUAAUUAUCAUUUCAUACAAAAUGUAAUGAGAGAUUUCAUAUAAAAAAUAUUUACCCGUGUGUCAUAAUUCCUGAACACGUUUACGUCUAAGAACGAAACCAUUCAUAAGAACUCAAUAACCAGACACGAGCACCGUUCACUAUUAUACAAUCUGUAAACGGACAGGAAAGAAUUAUCCAUAAAUUCCUCAUUUCUAAAACUUUUGAUGAGGUACACGUUGCAUUCAGUUGUGAGUAAGUCCUGCUGCAUCUACAGUGUAUACUGGAAAUGAUAUUCAGUGCAAAUGAGGUAUUUGUAGAUGUUGUAAAUGUUGACGUUUCUUCUUCAGAGCGAUGUGAAGAAGCCGCGAUGUACAAAAUACACCCAUCAUGUUCAGCUUCAAGAAGGUGGUGGAACAUAUCAACGUACGGCUGAACUGACAUUGAAGCAAUCUGUAGUUGGUACUGCUACACCUGUAUCACCAUCACUUUCAAAUAGAUCUGUAAGUAUAUUUCUACCAUUAUUCACAUAUUAGACUAUUAGUUAAGUAUAUUUCUACUGUAAUUACACCAACUUCGUACCCGGGGCUUCUGCGCUUGUGGCUGCUUACUUAGCAUUGAUUUGAUAUUUACAAACUUUAACAGAUCGAAGUUUUAUUUUAUGAAACACUAUAGCAUUGAGCAUUCAGUAUAUUGCAAAACCUUUUGGCAUAUUUUCGGUAUCUCUUUUGGUACAAAGCGUUCAUAACAUGCACAAUCCUACCCCUUUCUCCCGUCUCGUAUGUUUAGGCAGCUGAACCACUUGGGAACCAUUUAGAUUUACACUGAUAUUUAGGUUACUUCGUCGGGGUUUUAUAACCUUUACCCUGGCUGUGACGUCAUUUAAUAACAUGUGAUUGUAAAACAAGAUGGGGAAUGGCAGGGUGUUUUUACCAUUUCGCUCAUUUUCUCCAAAUUUAACAAAACUUUUAUUAUCGACGUUUAAAUUGGAUAAGUGUAAUGUAUGGUGCCACUUUAAUUUGUUUCAAAAAACAAGCAAAGGGCCAGUAGUUUAUCAGUCACUUAGGACUGUUACCUGUCACCCUCUAUAAAUAAAGUUAUUAUUAUGAUGGAGGAACUUUUGGUUGAAUUAAAAAGCAAUUACAAUAAUGAUGUUGUCUUUUGUCUAUAUAUAUAUAUAGGAUGUCUCACUAGACUCGUGGUCAAGUCAUCGUAGUCUAUCAAAGAUGAACACAGUCACUUCCGCAACUACUACACCUUUUCUCAGUGCGUGGGAACGAGGCAAAGCAAGUGAAAUUUUGUUCCAGUCUACUGGGACGCGAGGUCUUGCAACAAGUCCGUUAGACACUGCUGCCGCUGUAACUGCAGUUCGUCGUACAAGUAGUGGCAGUGUAUCGUCCUCGUCACGUGAGUGAAAUUUGAUGCAGUUCAAUUAUUAAUAUUCAUUACACAAAUUUUUCAAUGUAUGCCUUGUGCCUCUUAACGUGAAGUCAUGUUAUACCAAAAAUAUAUAGGUCUAGUCAUUGACGCAAUUAAAAUGUUUAUUAUAACAUGUAAUUUUGUAUGAAUACAGAAAUGAACCUAGUGAUUCAAAAACAUUUGGCCCAAAGUUACUGUGAACUAUAUAUAACUACAAGUCUCUCCCUUCGGAAAGGUAUAACAACCUUUUGUCGUUGGGGUAUGUUUACAGUCACUGCUUCGAUGACUUUUGAAAAAACUAUACAGUGGGCCGCCAACUUGAAUUUCGUGUUUCUUUUUAGCCAAAUCAGGUCCAUCGCCUUCUUAUGUAAGGAAAUCAAAUGCGAGCUCUCCUCAAACACCUCCUUCAAAAGGUAUGAUAAUGCUUAGGUUUACUAAUACACCGAAAUUGUUUAUACGCAGAGAGUGCCGAAAAAAACAGCCAAUUCAGCGAUCUCAAAUGCGCAUGCGAAUAGCCAUGCACCUGCCAGUACGAAAAAGGAAAACGUGCAUAAAAGAGCUCCCAAAGUCGUAGAACAACAAUCUGGAGUAUGACAAAAACCUUCCUUUCAAUACAGUACGUUUGACUAUUGCAUUGUCCAACGGUUGGCUGCAGGGAGGGUACGCAAACAUGUUCAAAUAUAUGUUCUAUAUGAAUGGUGGGGGUUUCAUAAUAUUUUACAGCUAAACAUGCCUAUUGACUAUGACUAUGUUUUUGUGAACUUAGCUUGCAGCUACAGGUUGGAGCAUGCGCUCAGCUUCACUGCCUUCUCAUGAUUUACGGAGUCUGCCUGUAACUUCAGAAUUCUUUAAUUCAACUAAGCUUUGAAGCAAACAUUUUGAAUUUGGAGUUAGCCUCUUGGACUAUGUCUAUGAAGGUAGCGUCACUCCAUGGCCCCUAACUUGUGCAACCAUCUCAAAGUAUGUAAUAUUUAAUUCCAAUCCUAGGGAAACAAACCGAAAGUCCAGGAAGCAGUUCUCCGUUUGAAUGGACAUGCGUCAAAUCAAAACGAAAAGAAUCCAGCCAUACCAAUAAUAAACCACCUGGAGCGGGUCAUGGGAGGAGUGGAGGCUCAGGCAACAGAAGAACUGGAAACAAUUCAGGUGGGACAACCCGCGGAAGAGAUCAGAAUUUAAAAUAUGGUCGAAGUGUUAGUGACAAUACGGGUAAACGCGGGAAGCAAAAUGACUUUGAUUCUGUCAGAAAGACAGCCAGUGAGGGUGGUAGCCGCCGGAGGUAACACACGUUGGUCAAAGCACAGGUCAAAACCAUAUUUAUUUCAACUCUUCUCAGUCUGUGAUAUACAGCUUAUUCGUUACCUCGUCCAUCACCACGUUACUUCCACUGAGCUCAUAUAUCACAGGAGUGAUAUUCAAGUUACCAAAUUAAGCGCGGAUCCUUUCUCUUGCUCGAAAAAAACGCUGUGAAAUCGACAUCGUGGGAAUGACAACAUCUGCUUGGUCCGAGCUAAAAAUAGUUUCACAUUUUAGCAAUAAUAGACGUAGGAAUGUAGCCAUAUUUCUGACUGUUUUGACAUGAUAAUACGCCGUUUUUUUCGGGCGAGAGGAAGCAUCCACCGUUUCGGUAAUACAUACCAGCGCCCACGAUUUAUAUGUGAAGCUCGCGGUUUUGAUCAAAAUGUCACGGGCUCAUGAUUUCUUACUUCAAUUUCACUAUUUUAAUACUAGAAAAAAUACUAAACUGCAUGUUCAGCUAAAAACCAAAGUAAUAAAAAAAAUAUUUUGAACAUACAACCUGCUUACAACGGUCAAAUCGAGAUUUUGUAUUAUUUUCAUAAUUUUUUACUAGUAUCCAAAGGCAAUUCUCAAAAUUAAAUUUCAAAUAUUAGGUUUUUGUAUCUGCGCGUAGCGCAGAUAUAUUGCUAUCGCGUCAGUCAGUAAAGUAAAGUAAAGUAAAGUUAAGUGAGUAAGUUAAGUUGUUAACUCGUUAAGUCCGUCAGCCUUGUUUUGAAGACC